UGUCACUGGUGAGUGCGGAUUUCGCGACUCGCGGCAGGAAAAAUGGCGUCGGACCCAAAUGCCAAGCACCGCAUGCAAACCUUCAAAAACAAAGGCAAAGAUCAAGAUGAAAUGCGACGUAGGAGAAAUGAGGUGACGGUGGAGUUGCGCAAGAACAAAAGAGAGGAGACACUGCAGAAGAGGCGAAAUGUCCCUCAAGUCGAGUCUGACGAGGAAGAACCCAAUGCAAAUGGACUGGCAAACCUCGAAAGUCUGGUUCAGCAAGCAGCGAGCUCUGACCCGGCGGUGCAGCUGGCUGCUGUGCAGUCGGCGCGCAAGCUGCUCUCUUCAGAUCGUAACCCACCCAUUGACGCACUUAUACAGUCAGGCAUCCUACCCAUUUUGGUGCACUGUCUGCAGAACACAGAAAACCCUUCCCUGCAAUUCGAGGCGGCGUGGGCGCUGACCAACAUCGCCUCAGGCACCUCCGCCCAGACACACGCUGUGGUAAAUGCAGGCGCAGUGCCACUGUUCCUGCAGCUCCUGUGCUCGUCUCACCCGAACGUGUGCGAGCAGGCCGUGUGGGCUUUGGGCAACAUCAUCGGCGACGGCCCCCGCCUGCGUGACUUUGUGAUCAGCCAGGGUGUGGUGGCGCCGCUGCUCAACUUCAUCAAGCCCGAGAUCCCACUCUCGUUCCUGCGCAACGUCACCUGGGUGCUGGUCAACUUGUGCCGCAACAAGGACCCGCCUCCCCCAGUGGCCACGAUCCGCGAGAUGCUGCCCGCCCUUGGCAUGCUGAUCCACCACUCAGACACAUCCGUGCUCGUCGACACUGUCUGGGCGCUCAGCUACCUCACUGACGGUGGCAAUGAGCAGAUACAGAUGGUCAUUGACUCUGGCGUAGUGCCCAAGCUAAUACCACUGCUCUCGCACAAGGAGGUCAAAGUGCAGACCGCCGCCCUUCGCGCAGUUGGCAACAUCGUCACUGGCACCGAUGAUCAAACUCAGGUGGUGCUGAACUGCGGAGCUCUGGGACACUUCCCUGCCCUGCUGCAGCACCAGAAAGAGAAGAUCUGCAAGGAGGCCGUCUGGUUCCUCAGCAACAUCACAGCCGGCAACCAACGACAAGUGCAGGCCGUCAUUGACGCUCAGCUUGUACCACUCAUCAUCUCAAACUUGAGUCGUGGCGAGUUCCAGACCCAGAAGGAGGCUGCUUGGGCUAUUUCCAACCUGACCAUAUCCGGCACCAAAGAACAGGUGGUCGGAGUGCUCGUGAAGGAGGGUGUCAUUCCGCCGCUGUGUGCACUGCUCAACUGCAAAGACUCGCAGGUGAUCCAGGUGGUGCUCGACGGCAUUCACAACAUGCUCAAGAUGGCCACCGAACCGGGCGCAGUGGACGCGCUGGCCAGCUUGAUUGAGGAGUGCGGUGGUCUCGACAAGAUCGAGGCCCUGCAGAACCACGAGAACCCUGAGAUCUACAAACUGACCUACGAGAUCAUCGAGCAAUACUUCAAUGACGAGGGAGAGGAGGAUGCUAAUUUGGCACCACAGACGGGUGACGCUGGCUUCCACUUUGAGGCCAACUCAAGCGUGCCGAACGAGGGCUUCAAGUUUUGAUGCAGCCUGCCGUGGCUCGCGUGAGAGAUUCCACACGAUUCCACCAGAUGAACAGCAGAGCCCCAGAUUGAUUUGCAAGAAAGACGGUGAAUAUUAGAGAGGGAGAACCUGACGAUGAGAGUAAAUGCUGCGCUCUAUAGUUUAAACACACACACUACUGCUUCUUGUUAGUUCGUUCGCGUUUAUCAAUUAAUUGUCAGUAAGUACGUCUCUUUAUUUUUUUCUUUUAAGUUACACUCGGAAGCAUAAACAAAAUAUAAAACCAACAAACAGACAUGCAGAACAGCUUUGUAUUUGUAAGUAAUAAAAAUCAUGUGAAUGGACUCAGCCUUCAUCAAAUAAAAUUAAUUAUUUAUUAAUUUACAA